GAAAUUUUGUUCGCUAUCCGAGACAAACUUUUAACGCAUGUUUUGUUUGUUAUCUGAAAUAUUCGCUAUCCGAGGCGUUCGCUAACCGAGGUUCCACUGUAUUUACCAUUAUAUCGCAGAUGUGGAGGGGAUAUAAUCGGGGAUGGACGGCGGUAGUGGUUGGCGGGGAUGGUUGGUGUGGAUGGUACAUCUAUUAAAGACGUACGUCCAUGGCUGUGCCAAUGUCGCGUGCUGGUUCUCAGACUUCUGAUGCUAGGCAAAUAUAUGGAAACUUAGCAUACGCAGAAUGGCAGUCAUCGCAAGUACAAAGUCGAUGCUGGCUCGCCCGCCUGUUAUUUCUAAGCCCGUUUGUCAUUGGUCGAUUGGACAAGACGCUGGCUCUUCUCUUCCUCUGUCAGUUUUUGAUGAAGCCCCGACCUCUCCCUCUCCAUCCUCAACCUCCAUCCGCCAUCUCACCCUCGCCACCACCCGGACGGAGCCCAGGAUGGUAUGAAAAGUCGGAAGGUCUGCAAACUGGUGCAGAAUGCCCAGACCUUCUUCGCAGGAACGAACAGAAGGGAGAGGAAAGGAAGUUCGAAGUGGAGAAGGGAGAUAACAUAAAGACCGACAAAAAUUCCCAAACUGCCAGUUUUAAACGACCAUUGUACACGAACACGACGACCCUAGAAAAGACCUCGCGGACGAAGAGUUUCUCACCAGACGGCCACAGACAGCUUCUGACUGCUGCAAGCACCUGGCACCACACCUGGCAAACACCUGGCAAACACCUGCAGCUCCGUUACGUCGGUUGGACUUCGCUUUCUGAACACAAGCAUGGCAGGUGUCCAGCUGUUCACAACUCUUCUCCUGAUGACUAUCGCCAUGGUUACCAUAGCAACUGCUCUUCCUUCUGGUCAUAAACUGCUGGACAACUUGAGCCAGGACUCCGCUGCACGACUGGUUGGUCACCGACGAGUCACCAGGGAAGUGCCGAGACUGUCCAUUGACCUGUCUCUCGGCACCCUGGCCAAUGCGAUGCGCAAGCAAGAACUGGCCGAUGACUUGGAGGACCUGGAGCUGAUGAAGCAGAUCGGCAAGAGGAACAUCGCAGAGCCCGCUACUUCCAACGCCUUGCGCCUCCGCAACAGCGACGAUGUCUCGGCGGAGGAAGACGCUUUCUCAAAGUACCUCGUGAACAUCCUAAAGAAUCGCUUGCGAGAAAUCUAGUGCCUGGGAGAAACGGAGCUCUGCAGGGUGCAAGCCUUAAGGAUUCGUCUUUUUGCCAAGAAAAAAACUUAUAAAAAUAAAAUCAACAUUUUGGACAAAUGCAGGCAAAAUGACAAGCUGGGAUUUUACUUUACGAGAUAUUACAAUGUUAGUGUGAUUUAGUGUUAGUCACGUAGUUCGUAACUAUUUUACUAGCAUCUUAAGAACAGAUCGAGGAAACCCAAAGUUAAGUUCAAGAAAAAGAGAACAGCCCCUCGCCACGCCACUAAGUAGCGGAAGUAUGUUAAAGAUCACGUGGUUCUCCUAAAAUCCCACUUGACCGCUAAUCACAUCAGAAUAAUAUACAAAAUGAAAUUUCCAUGAGCUGCAUAGGGUCGUCCUUGUGUCACCAAGGUGGCGGCUGAAAUCUCACCCACAUUUUCCGAAAGUAACAUGGCUACACUGACUACUGAAAGAAGAUUUGUUGCUCAGAUUCCUCCUUGUAAACAGAGAAAAGGUAGAGUGGUGGUGGGGCUGGAGUAGUUGUGGUUAUGAAUUAAGACUGAAUACAAAACGAUAAGAACAGUAUUAGAAAUUUACCGUAACCUAGCAUGAAGCAUAUCUCAGAGAUUUCUCCUUUUGGUUUGACAAAAUUGGAAAAAUAAACAUUAACAAAAAUAAACAUUAACAACAGUU